AUGGCUCAGAACGCCUCCCCCGCCGACCCGUUCUACCACCUCUCGCGGACAAACGACCCGCUGACAUCCGUCCAGGAGCAACACCUACGCGACGAAGUCUCCAAAAUCGACAAGGCUAUUGCGCGGUUGGACGGGGAGAUGCGCGAGCUUAGUGCGCGGUACCAGCAGCUGCGCGUCGAACGCGUCGACCUCGUCCACCAGAAGGUGUCCUACUCCAAGAUUCUGGCGCCGUGGCGUGCACUUCCUAGCGAGAUCUUGACGGAGAUCUUACGGUAUGCGAUUUUUCCGGAUGAGGGCGACGAGGGUGGGUGUGGACGACAAGGCAGCGGUGGUGGUAGUGGAUAUGGACCGUACCGCAGUGGGGGGUUGAGCUUGGAUCGUACGAAUAGGCUUUCGAUCACGCAGCAGUUGGCUACGCUUGCGUGUGUGUGUAAGCGGUGGGCGGGGAUUGUGUAUGGGACGCCGAGUUUGUGGUGUGAAGUGGAGAUACGUGAGAGAGGGAAGGGGAUGAAGAUCCACGAACUAGUCUCGAACCUCAAGAAACAUUUUGCGAGGAGCGGGACUGUGCCUUGGUCCCUCUCCUUCUCAUCCGACCGGCUCCUCAACCACUCGUCCGGUUCGACGACGAGUCAGACGACUUCCCCUCUGGUUGCCUUCCUCAAGGAUUCGACGCGGUGGCGCUCCCUCUCGUUCACACACCAGAAUCUUGACAUCCUCGCUCCGCUCUUUUCCACCAACCCGACCCGGCAGGACUACACAUGGCCUGAACUCCAAUCACUUCAUCUGAAGGGGUGGUACUACGGUCCCGCCAAAGCCGAACCAUUCAUCAACACCCAACAGCCCAUCUUCAUGGGCUCGAUGCCGCAGCUGACGUCUCUCACACUGCACACUUGUGACCAGAAGAUUGCGAAUUGGCGGCUCCCUUGGUCGCAGCUUACGACUCUGCGGCUUACGACAGCCGAUUCGUACCUCGAUUAUAUGCGGAUAUUGAGAUGGUGCCCGAACCUCCGGUACUGCGACCUCUCCCUCCCGCCCACCGCCAACCCCUCAUCAUCAUCUUCAUCGGUAUCAUCCACCUUGCCAGGCGGUGGGGAUAUAGACCGGAUCCUCGCUUCCAACAUCGUCUUACCUGACCUCGAAGUCCUGCAAAUCAGUCACUCGACGGUAGUCUGGCCGUUCUUCAGCGCAGUAACGUUUCCGGCCUUGAAGCGGUUAGUCGUCUCAACGCCUCCGGGGAAGCAUAACCGGACGACGGAUUUCCCAGUCGGCGCUGCACUCUCCCAGUUCUUGACGCGUUCCAAAUGCGAUUUAGUAGCACUGGCUCUCAACAACCUACCCCUCCAAGACGAAGACUACAUCUCCAUCGUGGAACAAGCGCCCAACGUCCGCUCUUUGCAGAUCACAGACCACGCGAAUGCGGGGUGCUGGUGGCACGAGGUGAACCAGAGGCGGUUGUUGAGUUCAGUACGGGAGGUGGUGCUGCAUGGGCAUUUCGAGAAGGGGACGUAUGUGCGCAAGUUUUUGGACCGGUUUUUGGAGGAGAGGAAUGCGGCGGACUAUGAUGCGGAUGGGAUAUUUUAUGCGGACGAGGUGACGUUUUCGGAGGAGAUUUUUGAGUGGAGUUCGCAGUACACUCUUGCCUAG